CAUCCAAGAUGGCGGAGAGUCUCCCAGAGCAUGAUCGGAUCCUGCAGGAGAUCGAGAGCACCGACACGGCCUGCGUGGGACCCACCCUGAGGUCUGUAUAUGAUGACCAACCAAAUGCACAUCAGAGGUUUAUGGAAAAACUAGAUGCCUGCAUACGUAACCAUGACAGGGAGAUAGAAAAGAUGUGCAAUUUUCACCAUCAGGGCUUUGUGGAUGCUAUUACAGAACUUCUUAAAGUUAGGGCUGAUGCAGAAAAAUUAAAGGUCCAAGUUACUGAUACCAACCGAAGGCUUCAGGAUGCUGGGAAAGAGGUGAUAGCCCAAACAGAGGAAAUCAUCCGAUGUAGAGUUCAGCAACGGAAUAUUACAACAGUUGUGGAAAAACUACAGUUGUGUCUUCCAGUGCUGGAAAUGUACAGCAAACUAAAAGAACAGAUGAAUGUAAAAAGAUACUAUUCUGCUUUAAAAACAAUGGAACAGCUAGAAAAUCUAUAUCUUCCUAGAGUUAGCCAAUACCGGUUUUGCCAGAUAAUGAUAGAAAAUCUUCCAAAACUGCGUGAAGAAAUAAAAGAAAUAUCCAUGUCUGAUCUCAAGGAUUUCUUAGAGAGUAUUCGAAAGCAUUCUGACAGAAUUGGGGAAACUGCCAUGAAGCAGGCACAGCAGCAGAAAACCUUUAGUACCACUCUUCAGAAGCAGAAUAAUCUAAACUAUGGUCGGAAUAUGCAUUUAGGUAGAAGUAGAAUUUUGGAAUCCAAGAAUGAAAUUACAUUGAAGCGAACGUUUGAAGAUGAUGAUGAACACGAAGAAGAGGUUUUAACUGCCCAAGAUCUUGUAGACUUUUCUCCAGUCUAUAGGUGUUUGCACAUCUAUUCAGUUUUGGGUGAUGGAGAAAUAUUUGAAAAUUACUACAGAAAACAAAGAAGGAAACAAGCAAGAUUAGUUCUGCAGCCACAGUCAAGCAUGCACGAAACAGUAGAAGGCUAUAGAAGAUACUUCAGUCAAAUUGUAGGUUUCUUUGUAGUAGAAGACCACAUUUUACAUGUAACCCAAGGGUUGGUAACUAGAACAUAUACCGAUGAACUCUGGAACAUGGCCCUUUCCAAGAUCAUUGCUGUUCUUAGAACACAUUCAUCAUAUUGCAGUGAUCCCGACCUUGUUCUGGAACUGAAGAAUCUCAUUGUAGUAUUUGCUGAUACUUUGCAGGGCUAUGGUUUUCCUGUGAACCGACUAUUUGAUCUUUUAUUUGAGAUAAGAGACCAAUACAAUGAAACACUUCUUAAAAAGUGGUCUGGAUUGUUCAGGGAUAUUUUUGAAGCAGACAACUAUAGCCCUAUUCCUAUAGCAAAUGAAGAGGAAUACAAAAUAGUUAUAAGCAAAUUUCCUUUUCAAGAUCCAGAACUUGAUAAGCAAUCCUUUCCAAAGAAGCUUCCAAUGUCUCAGUCAGUGCCUCAGAUUUAUAUCCAGGUUAAGGAAUUUAUUUAUGCAAGCCUUAAGUUUUCAGAGUCACUUCACCGCAGCUCAACAGAAAUAGAUGAUAUGCUCAGAAAAUCUACAAAUUUGCUGCUUACAAGAACUCUAAGUAGUUGUUUACAGAACCUAAUUAAAAAACCUCAUAUAGGUUUAACAGAGCUUGUUCAAAUCAUCAUAAACACAACACACCUGGAACAAGCUUGUAAAUACCUUGAGGAUUUUAUAUCUAACAUUACAAAUAUUUCACAAGUGUCUGUUCACACUGCAAGACUUUAUGGACUUUCUACGUUUAAGGAUGCAAGGCAUGCUGCAGAAGGAGAAAUAUACACAAAACUUAACCAAAAAAUAGAUGAAUUUAUUCAGAUUGCUGAUUAUGAUUGGACAAUGUCUGAAUCGGAUGGAAGAGCCAGUGGAUACUUAAUGGACCUUAUUAACUUUUUAAGAAGCACGUUUCAAGUUUUUACUCAUUUACCUGGAAAAGUGGCCCAGACAGCUUGCAUGUCAGCCUGCCAGCAUCUUUCAACGUCCCUAAUGCAGAUGCUACUGGACAGUGAAUUAAAACAAAUAAGCAUGGGAGCAAUUCAGCAGUUUAAUUUAGAUGUGAUACAGUGUGAAUUGUUUGCUAGUUCUGAGCCUGUGCCAGGAUUCCAGGGAGACACCCUGCAGUUAGCUUUCAUCGACCUCAGACAAGGGGCACUGUGCUACUGGUGGUACUGUUACAUGGAUAUGAGACUGAAUUUUGGUCCCGAUGAUUUUGUAAAGAUCCUUUGGUUUUUUCCUCUUCAAAUUAUGUUUCUAACGUGUCUGCGUCAUUUGCUUUUUUAUUUCUCCAGAAUGAAAGACUCUAGCAAAAAGAACAACAUUUUUGCUCAGUUCAGGAAGAAUGAUCGUGACAAGCAGAAGCUAAUAGAGACCGUAGUAAAGCAACUUAGGAGUUUAGUGAAUGGUAUGUCCCAGCACACAUAGGCCUGUUAAAUUGACGGUAUCUCAUCACGCCAAGAGGUAUUUCUCAGCCACUAUUUCUACUAAGCAAACAGUGAUAUCAGUUAGGACAUUUGUUUGACCGAGUAAAGGAAAAAUGCAGUAGAUGGCUUGUACACAGAGUCUUCAGCAAACAAUUCUUUGUACGUAUUUUUAAUGGAUUGAAUACUAUUUUGUAUAUUGUAAACAAAUGGUGAAAAACGAGACUGUACAAUAAAAACCAGCUCAAUCGUAUUGUACAUGGAACCGCUGAACUGUAAAUACGUUAUUUAAAUACCUGCAGACACGGUGUCCAGACUUUUGCUCCAGGUAGGAAUUAUUUGAGAAAUGAUCCCUUAGUUGCUGUUUUCUGCUAAUUUGAUGGUUUUUAAGCAUUGAGAUACUUGCGUUUCAGAUGCCGCCUAUCGUUUUCCUGCAUUAAAUGUAUAUUAGCCUUAAAGUGAUUGGACAUAAUUUUGUAUACCAGAUUUUGUAGUCUGGAGGUACGAAAAAAAUCUUCUGAUUUUUAGUACCUUUGAAAACUACCUGAGAACUAGACUUGAUAUUUAUUUAGCAUUAGGGCUUAUAGGCUUUGUUCUCCGAAAGGGUUUAAUCUUGAGGUUGUGAAUGUAAAUAACCAUUUGAGUUCUUUAUAAUGUGACGUUUUGUUUUGUUUCUGUUCCUCAGGGUUACUGUUUCUAACUGUACUUUUGUAAGAUCCCGGGUUCUUUUCCCCAGGUUGCAGUAAAGAAUAGAUUUGCCACUGUUGGUUUCGUGCCGCAUCUGUUUGUCAGUAUGCGCUUCCUACCGCCAGACCUAUCCCAGCGAUUAGCAUUUCGUCCCACCGCCGGUCUCUUUGCACUGUCCCCUCCUGGCUAUUUUAGACACAACGAGAAUGUCUAACAAAUACAAACCAAAUGGAACAUGUAAAAAUAAUGUACAUUUUCGCUGUAUUUUUAAGUUAUUGACGGUCUAAAUACAGUAAUAUAAACCUCA